CCAUGUUGGAUGCGCCCGCUGCUUCGGAGGCUGCAGGAGUUUCCGAAGGAAAGUUGGUUGUUUAUUUCUCAACGGGUUUUUAGAUAUUGUUUACGUUUGCAUCUUUUACAAAACAAACAUUGUAUGAAUAUUUUUUCACCAGAAGUAAGUGUGGAAAACGGGUUUAGUCCUCCUACCCGGCCCUCCUGCCCGGAGUCGGACUGAGUGGAGAUGAUCCGGUUGCAGGCCACAGCAACCGGAGCCCGCAUGGAAUUUUUGUAAUUAGAUGAAGAGGCUGAACCCGGUUGUGGGAUCAUCGUAGCAGGAGAUAAAAACAAAACGCGUUUGCAGCCAUGAACAGCCAUCCUCCUCCCCGCAGGGCCGUUAACGUGGGCUCCCUACUCCUCACUCCGCAGGAGAAUGAGUGCCUGUUCGGCUACCUGGGCAGGAAAUGCGCCACGCUGAGUUCAGCGGUGGUCCAGGUGUAUGCGGCCGAGCGGAGCUACAACUGGGUGAAAAGAGGCUGCGGAGUCGCCUGCCUGGUCAAAGACAACCCUCAAAGAUCUUACUUCAUCAGAGUGUUUGACAUCAAGGAAGGAAAAACCAUGUUUGAACAGGAACUAUACCACGGCUUCAUCAUCAGCAGCUCCAGACCAUACUUCAUCUCCUUUGCAGGAGACAUCUGUCAGAUUGGUCUGAACUUUGCCAGUGAAGAAGAGGCCAAACGAUUCAGAGUGGCGAUCCAUGACCUUUUGAACCGGAGACAACGGAAAACAGAGAAAAGAGGUGACCUGAAAAAUGGUCCCUCUCUGCCCAUGGCCACCGUGGACAUCAAGAACCCAGAAAUCAACAACGUCAGACACCACAGCUCCCACAGCCACCAGCAGCCCUACCAUCUCAAUAACAUGUUGAGCCACAGCAGUCUGAUCCGUAAGGAUAAGAAAACCAAAGGCAAGAAGAAGAAACUGACAAAGGCUGACAUCGGAACACCCAGCAACUUCCAACACAUCGGUCAUGUGGGCUGGGAUCCAAACACUGGUUUUGACCUGAAUAACCUGGACCCGGAGCUGAAACACCUGUUUGAUAUGUGUGGCAUCUCAGAGGCACAGCUGAAGGACCGCGAGACUUCCAAAGUCAUCUAUGACUUCAUCGAGAAGAAGGGUGGAGUGGAGGCUGUGAAGAACGAGCUGAGGAGGCAGGCUCCUCCUCCACCUCCUUCUCGUGCUGGACCCCCUCCUCCUCCACCUCCUCCCCACAGCUCGGCUCCACCCCCGCCACCACCGUCCAGGGGAACCCGGGGGGCCCCUCCUCCUCCCCCUCCAUCCAGAGCGCCUGUAUCUGCUCCUCCUCCGCCACCUCCAUCCAGACCAGUUACUCUGGGUGCUCCUCCUCCCCCUCCUCCUCCAACCAGAGGAGGUCACCAUCCUCCUCCUCCACCUCCUCCACACCAUCAUAAUCAACAGCCUCCCCCUCCACCCCCUUCAUCACCCUCUGUCACUCCUCCUGCUCCUCCACCUCCCCCUCCUCCGCCUGCCCAGCAGUCUCCAGCAGACACUGCACCUGCCCCACCUCCUCCUCCUCCUCCCGGCCCCCCUCCACCUCAAGAGUUGGACGGUGUAAGUGAAGACUUGCCCCACUCUCCCAAUCCAGGCAGGAAGUCAGCCCUGCUGGAGCAGAUCAGAGGAGGAACCCAGUUGAAAAAGGUGGAGCAGAACCACAGAGUGCCAGCCUCCAGCUCAGGACGAGAUGCUCUGCUGGACCAGAUCCGGCAGGGCAUCCAGCUCAAGACCGUGUCUGAUCCAGAAUCUGGACCGCCCACACCGGCUCCAGCUACCGGGAUUGUGGGGGCCCUUAUGGAAGUAAUGCAAAAGAGGAGCAAAGCCAUCCAUUCUUCAGAUGAUGAUGAUGACGACGAUGAAGAGGAAGACUUUGAGGAUGACGACGAGUGGGAUGACUAGUGAAGCCCUCCGCCCUGUACCGAUCGCCGACACUAAAACUCUUCCAGACUACAGCCGUCAUGUAAAUGUUGUAUGAAUUAGUUGUAUAUUUAUUUUGCUUUUCUAUGAUUUUACGGAAUAAUCUGUGCAAUACCUCAUCCGUUAAACUGUUCUGUUUCUACACGUCGUCAUGGUAACAGCUGCUCCACUUGCAUCGUGUCAUUGGAAGCACUUAAACGCAUCACUAGCAGAAAGCUAUCUGUCCCACAGUAAUAAUAAUAAAUAAAAACAAUGUGUAGGAGUUUCUCAGAAAAUAUUUCUGUUACAUUUUAUUCCUUGUUUGAGAAACUUUAAAAGGAGACUUAAGCAAGCGGACAGGCAGGAUAUAUAAGACUCAUAAAUAACACUAUUUUCUUACCACCUUAUUUUCUAACUCUUCUUAAUGAAAGUGUAGUUUAGUAAUGUUACAGUGUUGUUUAUUCAAAGACCAAAAUGCGGCUGCUCCGUCACCUUACGUGGAUCUCCAACUCUUAUUUUGAUGUGAUUAAACGUAUUUGCACACAGCCUCUGUUAGUUUGUUUGUUCUCCUUCUGUUUUAUUUCUGUGUGCAUUUGUUUGUGCUAGUUUUUAUUUGAUCGUCUAAGUUUAAUGAUUUCAUUUAUUCAGUCUGUUACAUGAAGGAGGUCUCACCUGAGAUGGGACUUUGUUGCAUCGUUUUAUAUCAUCAGACUCGCAUGACGAGAAUAAAAUCAGCAUCAUUUUUUCUCAUUAACUACAUAUGAUUUAUGCAAUGCAACUAUAAAUGCCUCCUUAGUCUAAAUGAUGAAAAAAGCAAAUAACAAACCAAAUGUGGCAUUUCCAGCAGCUUGGCAGGUUUGAUGUUGCCUGUGACUUUUCUGUUUGUUAGUGGUAUAAAAAAAAGAAAACUUGGCUUGUUUUAACUGUCUUUUCUGUUUUUACUGCCCUCAAGCGAGGCUUAAUGCUGCACAGAGAAGCCCAAAUACUGAUGUGAAACCUGUGAAUAGGAUCAGGUGGGCAAAGAGUGGAAAUACUAAAUUGUAUACUUAAAUAAAUGUUAAUAUUUACAGAGAAA